CCGGUUACUUCUGGAAAGUGUGUAAAGCCUAGUUAGGCAGAAGAAAGUAUGGUUACAAGGGUGGGGUCAUGUCUUCGAAGAGUCCUUCAACAGAAUUUCCCUGGUGCUAGUUAUGCAUGUCCUCGUUGCGUGCAACAUCUUCAAAGGUUACAAAUCAGCUCUAGUAGUCAUGUGAAAGGAAUAUGGGAACCAGAAGGGCUGAAUAAAGGGCCUGUAAUUCCAGAGUUUGAAACUAUCAACAUGAAGAUGUUUUCUUUUGACUGUGCCCAGUUAGAGUCCUUUGCCAAAUAUGCUAAAACUCUGGCAAAAAUGCUUGACAUGGAUGCCUUUAUGUAUCCUGUUCCACGACAGACCCAAGCUAUAAAGACAUAUAAACCCUAUUCAACCAUUGUAAAUAAUCAGUACACACUGGACAGAUUUGAAAGAGUGGUACGAAUACACGACCUGCCUUCUACUGUGUUACCAGUGUUUAUAGAGUUAAUGCGUAAAAAUAUUCCAGCAGGUGUAGAUAUUGAAUUUAAACAGCACACAGAAGAAGAUGAAACUGUCCGAUACAUGGGUGAUCAGGAAAGAAAACAGUUGCUGUCUGAAUUAGAGGAAUUAUCUGUAAGGAGAGUGUGACGUGCCUAUGACCAUGUUUAUGACAUCCAUAGUUGGGACACCUGAAUGUUUGUGUGAUAGUAAACUUUGUAUCAUAUAUAAAAAUUGUAAGAUUUGUAAGAUACCUAUUCAUUGAAGAUAAAUAAACAUCCUGAAUGAUUAUAA